CUCGCGGCUAUGCAAGAAGAGAAAAGGGCAGUCCAUACUUCUUCUCUUACUGGUGCUAUGAAGAUUAAGGAAGUUCUAGAAGGGCAUGAAAUUUGGAGCAAAGUUGAGUUUAGGAUGGAGCAAGAUAUUUUCAGAGCGAUAGUUUCAUCUGUUGAUGAACCAGUGCUACAUGUACCACGAGCGGGCAGCGAGAUCAAUGUUGCUAGACCAAGUGUGGGCAGUGAGACUAAUGUUGCUGGACUAACUUUGGAUCGAGAGGCUUGUGAAGUUCAGUCACCACCUUCUGGUACGUCAGUACAUGGAAGUGGAAAAAAGAGGAAGAAAAGUCAAGUUGCAAGUGUUUUGGAUGACUAUUUGGAGCACAAGAAGAACCAAACAGAUAAGACUAUGGAUGCGUUCCUUGAGAAGAAGACUCGUGGAGAGGAGUCUAUCGAUAGGUGUAUCCACAUAUUUGAAGCUAUGGAGGACUUGACAGAUGAGGAGAAGGCCAUUGCAGCAGAGGUGUUCGAAAAUGAAUUGUAUCGGGAGAUGUUUCUGAAGCUAACAAUUCACAACGUGCGGCUGAUUUGGCUUAGGAGGAAGAUAAGGUUCUAA